CUCCGACCUACGCGAUACAUGCUUCAAAGACACAGGAAAAGCAAAAAGCAAAAUCUGACACUCCAGGACGUGUCGCCAUAUAUAAGAAGCGACGUGGACAUUUGACUGGGCAUUCAACGACCGCCAUUGAAGAGAAGCAAAACCAUACGAAUACAAGACAAAGACACCGCAAACACUGUGUGUGGAACGCGCCAAGCGCCACCCCAUCAGCAUAUUUUACUCGACCAAAGGUAUCAUCACAUCAUCAUGAUCAAGAAGGUACAAACUGAUGACAUCCAACAAGACUAUUGCAGACUUUUAGCCGCCCCAGAGAUUCACCUAGGUAUCAAGAACAAGCCCCCCCCCCCAAAGCCGGCGCAGGCUCCCGCCGUCGGACAGACGCCAAAAAAGACCCCGCCACCAACCGCCUACUUCACCAAAAGGCAGGAGUAGAUCACACAGAAAAAAGAAAAGAAAAGAAAUCUCUGCCUUGUUGACCCGCAAGGCGACUACGCAACAACCGACAUCCUGAGCAACAUGCAUCAUACACCGUCACCGCGAAAGUCGCGCAGGUCCCCGUUGCGCGACGUGAUACGCAGCCGGUGUAUACAGCUCAAUGCAGCUCCGACGCAUCCAAAAUACAGAUACAAAGCGCAGAGGUGAGGUCGGGUGUCCAGGAUGAUACCAUCCCGCGCGACAGGGCGUGGAUGUCUUAACUGCAUCAACCCCGUGGAGGACAUGAGACAACCGAGCAGCGAAGCUGUGUCAGAGCCAACACAUUAACUCCGCGCAAAGAAAUACCAGCAGCAAAGUCGAGGUUGAAGUCUCCCCCCUUCGAAACCCACCCCAAAACUUGUCAGGCAUACUUGGGAGGAGACAGAGGCUACCGGGUUUAGCGCAGACGAAAAUCAGGGCGACAUGUUGUUGAGGAAAUCAUCCAGGU